GUUCAAAUUUACAAUCAAUCAUAACUAGAACACAAAGCCAAAUGAAUUAAGCCUGACAAGCUGAUUGACAGAAAGCACAAGUAUGUAAGUGACAUAAAGUACCACAUAUGUGUGAUAUAUUAUUUCGCAAACGCCUAGAGAAAUUUCAUUGAUUUGGAGACGUUCUAAGAUUUUGUUCAAGUGCUUAGAUAUUUUAUCGUUGUUGCAAUGGAGUUGCGUUUUGGAAUGUGUGUGUUACUGCUCAGUGCAACGGGAAUCGUGAAUGGUGAUCUGUAUACAGCUCUGAUCGAUCUGGAAGCAUUAGUUGAAACAGAGGCUGUACUCCUCAGUGAACUGGACAAUUACAUUGGUGCAACAGAGCGUCGGCUGUCACAACUCAGAAGACUUGCAGCUGAAUACAGCAGAGAACACAGUGAGGCGAUUGCAGAUGUGAGCGCCUACCUUCACAAUCCAAUCAACGCAUAUCGGCUCAUCAAACGGCUCACCAUCGACUGGAAACACGUGGAAUCGUUGAUGGACGAUUUCGGUGAAAAGGAAUGGUUGGAGAGAAGGGGGCGGUUGAUGUUACCGUCGGAGGAGGAUUUGGUGGGGGCGGUGUCGGGUCUGUUGCGACUCCAGGACACCUAUCAGCUGGACACCGCCUCCCUGGCCCGGGGGCAGCUCAAUGGUGUCCAGUACACCACUCACCUAACAGCUGACGACUGUUUCCAGAUAGGUAGAAUAUCGUGCGUCAAUCUCGACCACUAUCACACAGUGCUGUGGAUGUCUGAAGCUCUCAAACUAUAUCAUCACGAGGAUAACGUCAAACGAUAUCAUCAAGAGGAUAACAUCAAACGAUAUCAUCACGAGGAUAACAUAAAACUAUAUCAUCACGAGGAUAACGUCAGACGAAGAGAGAUACUAGAGUGCCUGACAUACUCUACAUACAAGCAGGGCAACGUGCGAUCUGCAUUGCAGCUCAAUGAUGAAUUGCUGAGCAUUGCCCCCAAACAUCUGUUUGCACUUAGUAACCGCACGAUCUACCUGGCAGACAUCGAAAAAGGCACAGAACAAGUUGCUGAAAAUCUGCUAGAUGAGUAUACAGAGCUCUACUAUCAGCUGUGUCGCGACGCCCUCUCUCCCUCUCCCCAAGUGCUCUCUCAACUCAAAUGUCAGUACGUCCACAGAAACCAACCUUUCCUCAGGAUCGCGCCGUUGAAAGAGGAAGAGGCCUAUCUAGACCCGAGGAUAGUUUUGUAUCGUGACGUCAUCUACGACGGCGAGAUAGAUGUCAUCAAGAAAUUGGCUUUGCCUAGGUUACAACGUGCUACUGUCAGGGCAUCUAAGAGAGCCGUCGUGAUUCCAGUCAGCCAUAGGAUUAGCAAGUCAGCAGUUCUGCUCUUUGCCGAACACCCAUCCAUCGAGCGACUGAACCGGCGUAUCGAGAUGAUGACCUCACUUACCAUGGCCUACUCACCAUUACUACAUGUUGUCAACUACGGCAUAGGAGGUUACUACAAGCCACAUUGGGACUUUGCCCAAGGACCACAUAGGAACAUAGUGAUUUACGGGGACAAUAUACGCGAUGGGAAUAGAGUAGCUACGGUGUUGUCGUAUAUGAGUGACGUGGCACAGGGUGGGGCCACAGUGUUCCCAUACCUAAAUGUGACCGUUCAGCCGAAGAAGGGAACAGCGCUAGUCUGGUACAACAUGCAUCUGAGUGGAGAGGGAGACUUGGCAACUAUGCAUGCCGCCUGUCCUGUCCUCGUCGGAUGCAAGUGGGUCACUAAUAAGUGGGUCAACGAGCGAGGUCAGGAGUUCAGACGGCCGUGUGCACUGCACAGACAGACUCGUUAUUCAACAAACUGGUACAGCUAA